GUACCGAGGGUCCGAGGGCUUUAAAGGGACCGGUGAUGACAUGAAGCCCGUUCUUUCUCUGCCCAUCGGUGACGAGGCUGCGACGAGCGACCAUGUCGGCCGGCGCGACUGGCUCUCGCUCCUUAGCUUCUUUCUCCUCAGUCAGUAUGUUUGCUUACCUUCUAAUUGGAUUCGCGACAUUCCUGGGCAAUCACGCGGUUGAGGCUGCACAUUCAGUGACCGUACAAAACUACUGUGGAGGUGGCCUUCCCACUUUGGACCGGAUCCCAAGCAACACCAUUGCCACGGGAACAGGAACCGUUUUUACGAAUGACACGAUUCUUGAUAUUCAAGCGUUCUUGAACAGAGGCUAUUGCGGACCGAAUGGGGGAAACUGCACCGUAGUAUCGUUCAGUCUAGGUCAGCCUGAUGGCUCCUCGACUGCCGUGAUCAAUCUGGUGCCAAACAACUAUUUCUCGGACGCAGUAUCGUUCAGCUAUUAUAAUGCGUGCACUGGGGCCGGGGCGAGCUGUCUUGACUCGGACUGUACGAACGCAGAGCAUAUCACAGACAACAGCCUUGGUGCUGUGAACUGUGCGGCUGCAAGUGAUUCCAAUCGCAAGGUAGACUGUUGCAAGUGAAUGAUCAGCCCAUCUAAUGUUGACAUCGGCCUUCCUCGCAG